AUUCAAUGUUAGCAAAAUAUUUUCUACAACCACAAAAUCAGUUUCAAUUCAUCAAUCAAUAUAAAGUUUAAAAUUAAUCAUUCUAGAACAAAUUUUUGUUCGUUUUUUAUUGUAAUACAACAUCCUUCUAUAUAAUUUUAUCUACUAUCAAAUGACACCACUAUUAUCAAACUUCAGCCAUGACGAAUGGUUGACAUUGGAGGAUGUAUUAGAAAAUCAAGAAAUAGAUGAUAGCGAAAAUGAUGAAAAUAUAUUUUACGAAAACUUGGAUAAAGCUGCAAAUUUUCGAAACAUUGCCGACAAAAUUAUCUUUUAUUUAAUUCUAAGUGCAAUUGGAACAAGUAUUUGUUUUAUAGUGAUAGUUUGCAGAAACAAAAAUUUAAAUAGAGUUAAAGCUAACAGAUACUUAAUGCACUGUUCCAUAUUUUACCUUUUUAUGUGGAGUAUUAGACCACUGUUUGAAAUGUUACGUUUGCAUGUGGAUUUGUAUAGACAUCAAAGGCAUUUUGCCUGUACUUGGAUACAGGUUGAGAAAACUACCAGAAUUAGUAUGUUUUUGUGUAUGCUCGCCAUUGGCUUAGAAUGGCUUUUAUCGUUAAAAACCAUCAACAUGAAACCUGUUGUACACAAGGUUUAUGACCAUUCUAUCCUUAUUAUUUAUUUGUUGUGUAUUAUUAAAGUUAUGAUUGACUACAUUCUUUGCUAUUAUACUUAUGUGUUCGAUUGGAGACACCAUGAUUAUGUAGAACAAGCCUUACCUUUUGGUUUACUUGUAUUCGUCUUUUAUUGCAAUAUUAAAAAGAAAAAUGUGAAAGCUAAAGAUUCUUAUAUGUUGACAAUAAUAAAUUUGUUUGUAUUUUCUUGGAUCCCUCUUUACUUACACGAUAUAUUAUAUGAGGUGUUUGAAAAUAAUUUUUCCAUUAUGUUCAUUUUAUUAAUUACACGUUUCAUACCAGAGUACUUAGCCUAUGGAAGCCCCACAUUGAUUUUCAUUUGGUUGGGCACAAGGAACAAAUAUUUUAAAGCUGCCUAUCGAAAAUCAUGCAUUUUUUGCAGUCGCUGUAGGGCAAUCAGCAAUGAGAGCGGUGAUGGUGAAACAUUUGAGGAUUCUGAGGAGAUCGUUGGAAAUGAGAUUGAACAUGAGGAAAAAGCUUCAAAUAUUUCCAGUAACAUAGAACUUUUGUAAAUAUGUAGUAAUAGAAAAUAUUUUUUUAGUAAAUGUCCUUUUAAUUAUUAUAAUCUAAAAAUUAGCUUUUAUAUAUUUAUAUAUUUUACAUUUUUAUUUUUUUGUAAAGCUUUGGCAAGAUUCUGUCAACUAUAUUUUGUGUCUGUGUAUUUAAUAAAUCAUUAUCAUCAUUAUGGCUUAUUCACUCCUGGCGUACAACUGGCUAUACAACUACAAUCAUAAAACCAUCUUCUUUUACAACUCAAAUCUGCAACAUCUUUCUUCAAGUUCCGUAAAAUGACAAAAGCUCAUCUAUCUAAAAGACCAUAUUAUUCAGUAGAAGAGUAUCUUAAUGACUAACUAAGAAAUUACAAUAAUGUAUGAGUAACCAAACUUAUCUAUAUUUGGGUGUCAUAUGCAGCAGCUUAAACUUAUUAGUUCCUAUGUCUGUAUUUUAUUUUGUUGUAUGUUCACUUUGUAAUUUAUAUUAAUUUUUGCAAUAUAUCGGUUUUAUUUUUUUCUUUACUGGUGAAAUUUAAUA